UCUCUUCUGACCAUUAAACCAGAUUUUCUCUACAGUCAAAUUUUCCAUCUUGUUCAACAGAAAGAAAUUUUAAAUUUGAAAAUUGCGCAAUUUCCCCAUCCAUAAUAAGCCAUCAAGCCUUGAAUAAUUUAUGAUUUUGGUUACGGCCUACAAGCUUGUGAGUUGUUUCGUUAUUAUGAGAAGAAUUGCACCUCCUGAAGUUUCCUGAUUAUGAAAAUUGCACCACUUUCUCUGUCUUCUCUGAAGAAUUUAGUGUUUUCUGAUCCAAAACUCAAACCAUUAAAAUGUUUCUUCUUCGCCGCAAACUACGGCGCAGGUCCGGCGGCUCCUUGUGCCUUCUCAGAAUCGGAUACGGCGGAAGGCCGAGAGUGGAACGCCGCCGUCGCCGCCACCCCUUUCAACGGCGUCCUCCAAGAUGAAGACCUUCUCCGCAAGACCCACAUUUCUCCUCAAACUUCCACUCCUUCUACUGGGCUGUACGUUCUGGACCUCCUCAACCAUGGUUCUUUAGAACCCGACCGAACCCUUUACAGUAAAAUGCUGAACAAAUGCACCCAUUUGCGCAAACUCAAGCAGGGCAGAGUCAUUCACGCCCACAUCCAGGGUUCUAGUUUCGAGAGUGAUCUGGUUCUUCAGAAUUUCAUUCUAAACAUGUAUGCGAAAUGUGGCAGUGUCGAGGAGGCACGGAACGUGUUUGAUAAAAUGCCUACGAGAGAUAUGGUUAGUUGGACUGUGAUGAUUAGUGGCUUUUCUCAGAGUGGUCUAGCAUCUGAGGCUCUGGCUUUGUUCCCGCAGAUGCUCCAUCAGGGCUUCCAGCCAAACGAGUUUACCUUGUCUAGCCUGUUGAAGGCUUCUGGAACUGGCCCCAGUGAUGACCAUGGCAGGCAACUUCACGCAUUUUCUCUCAAAUAUGGCUACGAUGUGAAUGUUCAUGUGGGAAGUUCACUGCUGGAUAUGUAUGCUAGGUGCGGGCAUAUGCGAGAAGCCAAAGCGAUUUUUGACGGGCUGGCUGGGAAAAACGUGGUGUCUUGGAAUGCUCUGAUUGCUGGUCAUGCCCGGAAGGGCGAAGGGGAGCAUGUGAUGAGGCUGUUUUGGCAGAUGCUAAGACAGGAUCUUGAACCUACUCAUUUUACAUACUCGAGCGUUUUUUCUGCUUGUGCCAGCUCUGGAUCUUUGGAGCAGGGGAAAUGGGUUCAUGCCCAUGUUAUAAAGUCUGGGGGACAGCCCAUUGCAUACAUUGGAAACACUCUCAUCGACAUGUAUGCCAAAUCAGGCAGCAUCAAGGAUGCAAAGAAGGUUUUCCAGAGGUUGGUUAAACAGGAUGUUGUUUCGUGGAACUCGAUUAUAUCCGGAUAUGCGCAACACGGGUUGGGGGUUGAAGCCUUACAGCUGUUUGAAGAGAUGCUGAAGGUCAAAGUUCAACCUAAUCAAAUUACUUUCCUCUCUGUUCUUACUGCCUGUAGCCAUUCCGGGCUUCUAGAUGAAGGGCAAUAUUACUUUGAAUUGAUGAAGAACUACGAGAUAGAACCACAAAUUGCACACUAUGUGACAGUUGUUGAUCUUCUAGGUAGAGCAGGGCGCCUAAAUGAAGCCAACAACUUCAUAAAGGAAAUGCCUGUCAAACCUACCGCAGCUGUCUGGGGAGCCUUGCUUGGUGCUAGCAGGAUGCAUAAGAAUAUGGAUCUGGGCGUUUAUGCUGCCGAACGGAUUUUCGAGCUCGACCCUCAUGACUCAGGUCCUCAUGUAUUGUUGUCUAAUAUUUACGCUUCUGCUGGUAGAUUGAAUGAUGCAGCAAAUGUAAGGAAGAUGAUGAAAGAAAGUGGAGUUAAGAAAGAACCUGCUUGUAGUUGGGUUGAAAUUGAGAAUGAAGUCCAUAUGUUUGUGGCAAAUGAUGAUUCACAUCCAAUGAGAGAGGAAAUCCAGAGGAUGUGGGAGAAAAUUAGUGGGAAGAUUAGAGAGAUUGGGUAUGUGCCAGACACAAGCCAUGUGCUUUUCUUCAUGGACCAGCAGGAUAGAGAAGUAAAGCUACAAUAUCAUAGUGAGAAGCUAGCAUUAGCAUUUUCAGUGUUGAAAACGCCUCCUGGAUUUACCAUUAGGAUUAAGAAGAACAUUAGAAUAUGUGGUGACUGCCAUUCAGCAUUCAAGUUUGCUUCAAAAGUCUUGAGGAGAGAAAUCAUUGUAAGAGAUACCAAUAGAUUUCACCAUUUCCUUGUUGGCUUAUGUUCAUGCAGGGACUAUUGGUAAACGGUAACAUGCUUGAGGAAAAACUGGUUCCAGUUCCAGGCUAUUGGUAACAUGCAGAAGAACAACAUUUUUACUUGCACGUUCUUCAUUACCGAGAUCUGAUGGUUUAGAACCCAAGGAGGAGCAACUAGUUGGAGAUAUCCUUCAAGAACUUGUGUUCAAGCUCUCAUUUUAGUAACUUAAAAUCUUUGCUGUCUCCCUUACUUAGCCAUUGGGCGAUGUGCCUAUUUCUAAAAGCGGUUGGUUGCAGAGCCUGAUGCAAGCCUUCUCGAGGCAGAAUUUGUAUUUCAAUAGAAUUCGGGAGAGCUUUGACUACUCAAAACUCAGGGUUAUUGAAAUUCUGAAAAGAAGUCUAUGGAAUUCAAUGAGUGGAAACCUCAGAGAUCAAACUCAUCAAGAAGCUCAAGAUCCAAAGGUGGGUAAGAAACAUAAUUCUCUUCUUCAACCUCAAUUUUGCAACAAAUUUAAACUCUCAUUUUUAUGAUAAGUUAAUGCUAUGUGCUAGAAGAAUACAAUGGAUUGGAUGAGAUGAUAAAUGAACAAAAUUAUAAGCCAGUGAUUGAUGAUAAUAAAUUACGAUGCAUUUUGACCAAAUACCUAGACAUUAGGGAAAUUUUAUAGCUCCCAAUUGGGACUCUUUGGAUAGUUAUCACUUUCUCUGUAAAUACUUAGACCAUUAUGAGAAGAGUUUUGAAUCUCUAGUCUGCUAUGAGUUUGGCUGAUGCCUUAUCUCCCUCCCCUAUGAAAAGAAGUGGAAAGCUGUUCUAUGUCUUUCUUGUAUUAAUUGCAAUUCAUGAGCCAACUGAUUAUUGUGUAUCAAUCUGGUUGUAUAUGCGUGAUUCUCAGGCUAAAUUCUAGCGGAAGUAUUUACACCCCUACAAGAUAGUUAUAGUUACCACCUUACCACGACUUUGUUGUUGCAUGUUAUUGGAUCUCGAGCAAUGUGAUUUGAAAUCCACACUCUCAUUCAUUUUGGAUAUCGUAAGGAUUUUUAGACGUGAAGACUGACAAGGAAUUUGUUUCUGUUCUGUUCUGACAUUCAGUGAAGACUGACAAGGAAUUUAAUGCUGGUGGAGAUGAUCGAUGGUAGUAUAAGAGAUUUGUGACCCUGAAAUUCUUCUUUCUAACUACACUCUUUUUUUUUUCCUGAGUUGUUUUGCUUAUGUUGAUGACAGAAUAAGAGAUUUGUAACCCACCUGUAUUCUUUACAUAAUGGUUCAUACUUUCUAGC